AAACACUGACUAGAAUUGAGCGAGUGAGGUAGAGGAGCAGCUAAGCUAGUUCACUUCAAACUCAAGCGCUAAUUUUUUUUUGGUGUAGCUGUUCAGGCUUGAGGCAGCAUGGGUCCUGCCCAAGUCCAUCGUUGCUUGGCUCCUCUUAUUGUCCUGCUUCUCUUGUGCCGCAUUGUGGCUGGAGAUGGACUCUGGUGCGUGGCGAGCCCGAGGGCCACUGAGGCGGCCCUGCAGGACGGACUGAACUACGCGUGUGGGCAGGGUGGCGUCGACUGCUCCGCAAUCCAAGCCGGCGGGAGCUGCUUCAUUCCGGACACCCUUCGUGACCACGCAGGCUACGCCUACAACUCCUACUUUCAGAAGGACGUAGCCGGCACCGCCAGGUGCGACUUCGGCGGCAGCGGCAUGCUCACCAGGACCGACCCCAGCACUGCCACAUGCAAGUACCCGUCCACGAGGUUUGCCGCAGCACCUAACGCAGACGAUCACACGGCCAAACAAGGGGACAAGGCUUAGAUUGAACCAAGGCGCGCGCCGUCAUCGCUAGGUUUUUGGUUAAGUAUGUGGGGUUUCUCAUGUAGUAAUUGGGUGUGUAAGUUUUUGGUGCAUCGAUGCCUAGUUGAACCUGAAAAGAUUGCUUUACCUGUAUGUGGGACUAUAUAUCUGAGUAAUAAAUAUGAUUUG